ACCUUAACUGACACAGUCGUCUGAGUUUUCAACCAUUCUCAUAAUUAAUGCAAUAAUCCAGAAAUCAAAAACCUACUUUAUGCACUACCCAUGAUUCAAACUGAAACCUUGGCUCUUCCUGGUUCUUGAACCUGCUGGCGUCCAGAGUGGAACUACAUCAUCAGAUCUGGGACUCCAGGUUGACAGCUCACCCUGCAGAUCUUGGGACUUGUCGGCAUGCAUAAUCACAUGAGCCAAUUCUGUAAAAUAAAUAUCUAUCAGUCUCUGGGCUAUUCAGUCUGCUCAGGCUACAGGAGCCAAUUAGGAAGAUGCCUUCCUUGACUCUCGUCUGUCCUCUCCUGCAGCUAAAGCCAAAAGAAAAGAGGUAUUACAAGUGGAUAAAUAAUGUGCACUGCUCUGAGCCCAAAGGUACGCAGUGGACCUGGCCUCUCUGAUAUGCAUCAGUACAACCAGUGGCUGGCCAGCAGACAUGAAGCUAAUUUGCUACCGAUGAAAGAAGAUCUGGCCUUGUGGUUAACCAAUCUGUUAGGGAAGGAGAUUACGGCAGAAACUUUUAUGGAGAAAUUGGAUAAUGGUGCCUUGCUCUGUCGACUUGCAGAAACUGUGCAGGAGAAAUUCAAAGAGAGCAUGGAUGUUAACAAGCCCGCCAAGAAUCUGCCCUUAAAGAAGAUUCCAUGCAAGGCCAGUGCACCCUCAGGAUCCUUUUUUGCCAGAGACAAUACAGCAAACUUCUUAUCCUGGUGCCGAGAUUUAGGGGUAGAUGAAACAUGUCUGUUUGAAUCGGAAGGUUUGGUCCUCCACAAGCAACCCAGAGAAGUGUGUCUCUGUUUGCUAGAGCUUGGCCGGAUUGCAGCCAGGUAUGGUGUGGAGCCUCCUGGUUUGAUAAAAUUGGAAAAAGAAAUUGAACAAGAAGAAACACUCUCUGCCCCUUCUCCUUCACCUUCUCCUUCAUCAAAGUCUUCUGGAAAAAAGAGUACGGGAAACUUACUGGAUGAUGCAGUGAAACGGAUUUCUGAAGAUCCUCCUUGCAAAUGCCCGAGCAAGUUCUGUGUGGAGAGGCUCUCGCAAGGAAGAUACCGAGUGGGAGAAAAGAUCCUCUUCAUUAGGGGUCUUCAUGGUUGUGACUAUAUCUCCACAGCCAAAGCAAAGCAGACGUUUAAGAUGCUGCACAACAAGCAUGUCAUGGUCCGUGUGGGAGGAGGUUGGGAAACUUUUGCAGGGUAUUUGUUGAAACACGACCCCUGCCGGAUGCUGCAGAUCUCCCGUGUGGAUGGCAAGACAUCCCCCAUCCAGAGCAAAUCUCCAACCCUUAAGGACAUGAAUCCAGAUAAUUACCUGGUGGUCUCUGCCAAUUAUAAGGGAAAGAAGGAAAUUAAAUGAAACUAGUUGGUCACUACAAGGGGACUCUCAUAAUGGCCUGUAUCCACAUCUCCAGUAGUCAGUUUAGUUCACAUGCUCUGAAAAUUACUUUGGAAAAAGACAUAACAGACAGAAAGAUGUCAUCAUGUUGAAACAUGCUCAAAGAGUAGCACUAUUUAUUUUGAAUGCUUCUGUAGAAAAUGACCUAUUAAGAGAAAUUCUCAACUCAGAUUUAAAUUCGACAAACUGUAGGCAAAUCAUUGUUUCUCAAUAUGUGAACAUGGUAUUUAGCACACAAUAUUAGCAAUACAAUUCUAGCUAAAGAUAAAAAUUAUUAGAAGAAAAUAAGAUUUACAGUUAAGUCAACAGAAAGUACCUGCCUAAUGUGUACAGAAUAACAGCACCCCAGAUAUUUUUUAUAAUUGCAGGAUUUUUAUGCUGAUUUUUAAAAAGUGACAAUUAGUGUGAUGAUGUGCUACUAAAAAUAUCCAACAGCACUAUAAAUUAAAGUACAGUGUAUCCACGACAGUAAUACGUUACUGGAAAGGCCACUUCAGAAAAGUUUACAUUCACUUGGAAGAAUGCCUUAAAGUUUAUCCCUUAUCUCUGAACAAACACCUGGGGCACUUUUGGAAGUUUUCACUACACCCCUUAGAGAAUGGCUUAUGAGUUGUUUACACAUUCCUAGACACGUGGCUGUGUUGAGACUGAGUGUAAUUCACACACAUAAGCUGACAUACGUUUAUAUUUUGAAAGAGUAAAUUGUACAGUCAAAUGUCCAUUGACUUCAUGUUAUUUCAAAGCAUUUUCUUAUUAUAUCUUUAGUUAACCCAACUUUGCUGUGCUGUCUAGUAAAGUAAUUUCACUGUAGCUAAUAAUGUUACAGACUUAUGUAUACCCUUGUAUACCUAGGACAGGGCUGUUUUGUACUCAUAAACAGCAAAAUAUUGUCCUCACUGAUUGAAGAAUUAAAAAGAUGUUAAAAAAUUU